GAACCAUGUUAACAUAUAUAGUUUGUUAACUGUUACAAACAAAAACCAACAUGGGUACGGACGCAUUUCAAUGCAAAGAAGUAAAUAUAAUUGUUUAUUUACUAGUGGUUUUGUUUGGCAUUGGAUCAUGGGUAGACAUUAAUGGAAUGUUUGUAGAAAUCCCUGUUUUUGUUCAACAUUUACCGGAAGGAUGGAAACUCCCAUCAUACCUCUCUAUCAUAACACAGAUGGCAAAUAUUGGACCUAUACUCAUAACCGUAAUGUAUAUAGUUUUCAAGAAACACACGUGGGAACGAGUUGCAGUUUAUGCUGUUUUAUGUACUGGGGCAACAUCAUGCUUUCUUCUAUCGUUCUUCUGGAAAGAAACAACAGUUGUUGCAGGAGAAUUACACAGCACUGCCUUGUUAGUUCUUCAUUUCUUCUUGUCAUUAACCGAUUGUACAACAUCAGUUCUAUUUUUGCCGUUUAUGGCCACCUUUAAACGGCAAUACAUGACGAGUUAUUUUAUCGGAGAAGGCCUUAGUGGACUAAUUCCAAGCAUGGUGGCACUAGGACAAGGAGUUGGCCAGCUUACAUGCAAAAAUGUAUCAAUUUACAACAAAGCAGAUAAUUCGACUAGUUACAUUGCACAGCCUGAAUAUCAUAGCAUACGAUUUACAGUAGAAGAAUUCUUUUAUUUUUUGUUUACUAUGUUAAUCAUUUCAAUCUUAUCCUUUACCGUUUUGAAUUACACGUCAUACUGUAAAAAAGAAAAGGUAAAACACCAAGAUUGGAGUAGAAAGCGGGAACUAAUGAACGGCCUUGAACUCACAUCAGAUCAAAAUACUGCUAAAUUAAUUCCUGCAAACGAUUCAGAUGAACUUAUUAUUUCUUCGGAUCAGGAUUCCACUUGUCAGUAUGAUCAAGGUUCCACUCGUCAGCAUGAACAUAAUUCCACUCGCCAGCAUGAGCAAGAUUUCAUUCGUCAGCAUGAGCAAGAUUACACUCGCCAGCAUGAGCAAUAUUCCACUUGCCAGUUCUUGACAAAGAAACACAGUUCUCAGUCAAUAGAAAUAACUGAAAACAAUAGUCUUACGCGAGGGAUGUUUACAUAUUAUUUGGUGAUCAUAGCAUGGGUAAAUUGCCUUUCCAAUGGAACCCUGCCCGCACUGCAGUCAUACUCAACAUUACCAAACGGAAAUGCGGCUUACCAUUUAGCUGCUACUUUGGCAAAGAUUUCGAAUCCAAUUGCGUGUUGUGUGUCAUGUUUUAUAACAGUAAAAUCCAGAAAUGGUAUUUCAGUUUUAACGUUUAUUGGAACAAACUUGGCAGGAUAUAUCAUAUAUCUAGCUGCUAAAAGUCCAAACCCAGCUUUUGAUAAUACAACAGUCGGGACAGGCGUAGUGGUCACUGUCUGGGUGUUAGUUACUUUAUUAUUGACGUUUGUCAAGGUCUCCAUUGCUGGAGUCUUCAGAGCAGAAGGGAAACGGGCUCUGUUGUGGAUCGGAGGGAUUUCACAAGUUGGAUCAGCGACAGGCGCAGUAAUCACAUUUGUAUUAGUCAAUGUUUAUGAGUUCUUUAAAAGCGCUCCUCCUUGCCGUUUAUAAUUUUUUUUAUAACAGUUACUAUGACUAUUUUCUAAGCCAAACAUGACACCAAAUCGA